UAUCGCGUGUCCUUGCAAAAUGGAUGGUGUCAUAAUCUGUGUUAUAUAGGCAUGGUGAAUUUUUAAUAUUCAUACGAGUAUUUUUCAAUAUUUCCACGCAUUUAUCUAACAAUGGGUCGUUCGAGAUCAAGAAGUAAAUCUCCAAGACGCCAUCACAAGAGUAGUAAACAUUCAAGAAAGAAGAGCCGCUCCAAGGAUCGAUCUACAUCGCGUAGCAGAAGCUCCAAACAUACCGAUAAACCGAGGGAACGAAGCUCCAAAUCAAGGAAAAGGUCACAUUCGGUCACAUCGUCUACAAGUAGUGAAGCAUCCUAUGAUGGAGGCAGGAGUCAUAGGAAAAAGUCUAAAGGACGCAGUAAAAUGGAUGAAGUGGACCGUCUGGCGGAAAUGGAGAGACAGAGACGUGUUAGAGAAGCAGAACAAAAGGUGGUAGAAGAAGAAGCUGCAAAAAGAAUAGAGCUGCUUGUCAAGAAAAGAGUUGAAGAAGAAUUGGAAAAGAGAAAAGAUGAAAUUGAACAAGAAGUAGCAAAGAGAGUUGAGGAAGCAAAGCGCAAGAUGGAAAAAGAGAUGAUGGAAGAGUUGGAGAGACAGAGAGAGCAGCAGCGCCGGGAGGAGCUCGCUCGACAGGAGGAGGAAGCUCGUAAAAGGAAAGAGCUGGAGGAUAUCAUGGCGGAAAAUAAUAGACGGAUUGAAGAAGCCCAACGCAAGUUGGCGGAGGAACGGUUAGCGAUGAUCGAAGAACAGAGGAAAAUGGAUGAAGAAAAACAAAAACUGAAAAAAGAACAAGAAAAGAGAAUUAAGGAGGAACAAAAGAAAAUCUUAGGUAAAAACAACUCGCGACCUAAAUUGUCGUUCUCCCUGAAACCACUCUCAUGAGUACAAAACAUGUGGAUUGUGAACUUUGUGUAACAUGCAUUCAUAACAUUCUCCUAAGUAGGUGUAGCGUAAA